AUGGACUUUGUUGAAUCUACCAUAGUGAGCGUCAAGAGAAUGAGAUUGCGCCACCAAGCCCCCAACAUCAAUGUUGCCAACACACAAGAGCGAGGACCCUGGAACACUCAUGCUACUUUCGAGGUUGACUGGAAACGGCCUGCUAACAGUAAACUGGAACUUGAACUCGACUCUACUGCGAUGCGGGGCGGACAUUCAGAUAUUCCAACCGCUAAACACGCUGCAACCCAACCUCUACUAUUUCAUGACGCCCAACUGACAGACAGCAUUGACGAUGGCAAUGUCUCGGAGUCUCGGAUGCCGGCGUAG